CUGUAGGCACCCCUGGGAUGAAUUGGGUCUCAUUAACGAGGACGGAGGCGUUCCAGAAAUGCAUUAGAAUUGAUACUUGAAACUACUUAUCAACCCAUUUUGUCUGAAUCAAUAUAAAAAUGCAACUUGCAAAUGCACUUUGUGCGGCAUCUUCCAUCGCAACUCUGAUAUUGCUUUUGAGUUGUAGUCUAUCUGCCGGCUCAAGAAUUCAUAAUCUGGCGAUCGAAAAUACGAUGUCUGAAGAACAAAUGAAUAUACCAAAGGAUCAACUUAUUGCACGAUUGCCGUAUAACUCGUUAUUAAAAUAUUCAUCUUACAAGGACGUAACCAUACUACACUUUCGUGUUCCAUCAGAUACACGGACGGCAUAUUUCAAGUUUAAAGCAUUUGAUAAGCCCAAAAGUGUUUUUUAUCAAAAAUGUAAAUUUCGCGAUAUAUCAAUUUACCUGAAAGCCUGCGGCAUUCCUGUCAUAAGUCCAGAAAAUAUACAAUUUCCAGCCAAUUUUCUGAACACUGAGCAAAGGUACCCGACUUAUAGAUUACAUAUUAAAUCAAAUGAAGAGCAGCGGAAUAUAACUGUACAAGGACCAUAUGUAGGAACUUGGUUCGCAAUCGCAUUCAUUAAUUGGACAAAUCCCAUUCAUGAUAGGAUUGAGCAACAAGGACUCAGCGCAUCAUGCGACACGCUCUUGUCUGCCGAAAUGACGGUGACACGUUUUCACCCUAUAAUCAUAUAUAAUAGUCAGAUACAUAACAGUACUUUGACAAGGACCUCGCGAUAUCAAGAGAACACAAAUAUUGACGGCAAAAGCAGCGAGUCAGAAUUUAAUAUGACCUCGAAUGAUGGUAACGAAGUCAUAUACAAGUUCUAUGUUCCAGAUGAUAUUGAUGUGGCAACGGCACAUAUUUUAUUUAAACAAGCCUGUGCGGAAUGUUCGGAUAUUGGAUUUUAUGUGAAAGCAAAUGCAUAUCCCUAUACGGAGUCUCGACGCGACAUUCCGUCUUAUGUCCAUAAAACAAUCGUUAAAUUGGAUCAGACUAAUAAAACUAUUAUAACGUUUUUUGUACAACCGAGCUCAUGGAACUAUGUUGUAUUAAAAUUUGUCAACCAAGUAGGCAAGAGUUCGACAACGAUGACGAACCAUCAAAAAGAAUCAUAUCAAAAUAUUCUCAAUAAGAGACUGAUACUGAAUGAAAACAUAAGUGAAAGAUUACGUAACCUGUCGUAUAGCUUAAGCAUCCAUUUUCAAAAAUCAUCAGACGGUACACAUUCAUCUGUAACUGCAGGCCAUAAAGAAGCAUCGGCAAGUACGCGGCACCCCACUCGAUUUCGAGACAUAGACUUUUACACAUUAGUGCGCCAGUCAUACCGCGAAUUUUUUACGUUUGAUUAUGAUCUGGAGCAGGAUGAAGAUGGCUCUGUACCAAAACUUCUCAAUAUUAUUGUUAGUAGGCCUGUUGGAUUUGCAUUUGACGUUGGCGAUGUGAACGACAUUGGUGGUACUCUUACAUUCGCUCUCUCCAUUAAACAAUCGGAUACUUCUCCAGUAAAAGUGAAAUCGAUUUUGGGUUCAAUUCGUCAAGAUAUGAUCCGCAAGGAACAAACAAUCAUUGUUUGCAUGCAUCUUAAUAGUCCUGGAAUACCAACAUGGCCAAAUAAAUGCCGCUAUGACCAGUGGCUAAUGCCAGCAUCAAGCAUAAUCAAGAACACAAAUUCUGAAAAUAGUACUGGCAUAGUGCACGUACCCUUUCCUGAAAGCGGGCGUUGGUAUGUGACAAUAAGCUUAUUCUGCCAUAGCUCUGGCUCGCCAAAACUUAGGAACAUUGGAAGCAUCAAAAAAUUACUAAGUCAAUAUAUACAUAUGUUAAGGGAUAUGCAAUCACCAUGCCCCUGCGCAGAGAGCAAAUCACGAAUCGAGAAUUGUAUAGCCGACCCUUUUUGUUUGAGCAUAGUAAAUGAUACAGAUACACUGAAGAUAAUGGAAUGCAUGAUGGACAAAAGGUGCACCUCCAACUAUGAUCAAGAAAUGGUACUGAGUUUUCAUAUGCAAUAUAAAUUGGCCACGCAGCAACAUUUUGAGAUGGAUAACUGUAACACAUCGGUGUUUUUCUCUAUUUCAUCCAGUUCCUGUGUAGCAGGCGGCUGCGGGCGCUUUGGUCGGUGCUACCAUUACAUGUCAGGCGGAUUUGUUUUUUCGACUUGCAUAUGCGCAAAUGGCUACCGUGGUUGGGACUGUAGCGAGGACUCGCAAGUUCCGCCGAGCGCCUUGAUUUGGCUGCAAUUGCUGUUGCUUACAUUAAGCAAUCUACUCUUUAUUCCCAGCAUAUACAUUGCAGUGCGGCGCAGUUACUACACAGAAGCAAUUAUAUACUUUUUUUCUAUGGUCUUCUCAAUUUUAUACCAUGCUUGCGACUCAGGCGGUGACGAGCAUAGCUUCUGCUUGGUCAAAAAUGGAACACUACAAUUCUGUGACUUUUACUGCGGCAUACUCGCCAUUUGGGUAACACUCAUCGCCAUGGCCCAUGUUAGACCACAGUUAGUCUCCCUGUUACAUAUGGUUGGGGCGAUUUUGCUGGCAUUUGGCACACAGCUUAACAAACAAAGCCUCUGGAUAUUCCUUGUACCUACAAUAAGCGGCAUCUGUAUCAUCUCUGUGAGCUGGGGUAUCGCAUGCUUAAAGACGCGCAUGUUGUUCCCUGAACUACUUUACCUCACCAUUUGCAUCCCAAUUGGAGCAGUUCUUGUAAUAGUCGGCCUCGUUUGCUAUGCUCUUCUUCAAACAAAACAGAACUACUAUAUAAUUCAUUCUAUUUGGCAUAUAGUUAUGGCUAUAAGUAUUAUUUGCCUUCUCCCACCACAUAAGUACUUUAUAAUAAAAUGUUAG